AUGAACACAGUUAACGAACAAGAAGAUCAGAGAGCUACAAAGAAAGUAAAGAAUAGAGAAAGAAGAACGAUAGACAAUGAAGAUUCUCAGCAAACAGAUGACAUGCAAACAGAAAAUGAGCCCCAAGAUGAUAAAGAUGCGGAUAUUGAACGUCCCAAGAGUCCUGGGAAGAUAUCAUAUGCUGCCAUGGCUGCUAGUGGAACGCUCAUGAACAAGAAUCCGCCUGUAAACAUGACUGAAGAAGAGAUAAUUUUUCAAGAAGGAGAUGUUACCAUGGAUAUUUCGGGGGUUUAUCCUAAAAUAAGUUUCUCUAACCGCAUCCAUAAUUUGAUUGAUAGAAACAUGAAACAAGUUAUUAUCACAAGACUGUUGGGGAAGAAGAUAGGCUACAAAGCUCUGAUUAACAGGAUUCAUGCUUUAUGGAAACCGAUUGGAAAUUUCAACUUGAUCGAUUUAGAUAAUGACUAUUUUUUAGUGAAAUUUGAAAAUCUUGAAGAUUACACAAGAGUGCUUACAGAUGGUCCUUGGAUGAUUUACGGAAGUUACCUGACAGUUCAGCCAUGGUCAAGAAACUUCACCACCGCUGAAAAGCAUCCAUCUCAUGUAAUUGCUUGGUUGAGACUUCCCGGUUUACCCUACAGGUAUUACAAUAUUGUUCUAAUUAGGACAUUUGCGAAUACGAUAGGAAGGGUUAUCAAAAUUGACUACAAUACAAAAGCUGGAGAGAGAUAG